AUGGAUCCUGAGGGCACUCAUGCACCUAGAGGCUGGCCAUUCCCAAGCGCCUCCGUUCUUCACCUCGCAAUAGCAUUUGGUCCAGCUAGCUUAUUGGGUAAGUUGCUUCAGCGUAACAGCUCGCACUUGGACGCCAAGGAUGCCGAAGAGAAUACACCCCUUCAGCUUGCUUUACGAGAGGACCUUCAGGACUUGGCCCUGAUGAUACUGGAGCGCUCAAGGACGUGGCAGGCUGAGGAUGACACCGUCGCUCCAGAAGACUGGCCAAGUGACAUCGUAAUACCACGCAGAUAUCUCGGCCAUGUGAACACCACCAAUAUUGAUGGUGAAACGCCUCUGAGCUUAGCCGUGUCCAUCAAAGCAGAUAUGGUAAUCAGGGCCUUGAUCGACACAGGUUCUGAGAUCAGACACGAGAGGUCGCUGCUAUUUUAUGCCAUAAGUCAAGAGGAUAAGGCACUAGUAUACCAGCUAAUGAAAGAGGGUUCGAACCUUGAUGGGGCUGUCUUCUUUACAACGCAAUGUCUAAAUCGGGCCGAUGCUAACCGUCACAUACUAGAAGAGCUUUUAAAGGCUCUGCUUGAAGGCGGCGGUGAUACAAGGAGACCAAAGGGUGCGGAGAUUGAUCAUGCAAACGAGUUCGAUGAAGAUGAAGAGGAUGAUGGGGAUGAAGAGGCACUCUUUGUCGCUAUUCGUGGAGGUAGAUCAGCAGCGGUCAAUCUCCUGCUAUCAUACGGCUCUUCCGCAAACAUGACAGAUCCUGACAAUGUAUCUCUAAUAACUCUAGCUGUUGAGGGUAACCAUGAAGAUAUCGCCAUGGCCUUGUUUUGGGAUUUGCCUAAAACAAUCUUUAUAGAGGAUUUAGAUAGUAUAUUAGCCUUUAAGGAAAUUAUAUAA